UAAAAUUAUUGUUUUUAGUUGCAUAAACGUAAAAAGUAAGGCCAGAUAUUUCAUAAUGCUCUCAUGCAACUAUGCAAGUCCUGGGAUAUUGGAAUUUUUCGAUUUAAUUACCUGCUAUUCAUUUAUUUUAAAUUCAGUAGUCUGGAAAUAUUGUUUUAUCUUAAUUAAUAAUGGAUUUUUUUUAAUUGCUACUAUAUAUGGAUCUAAUACCUUUUUGAAAUCGAGGAAAUCCAGUUUCUAAAUAUGCAACGGAAAAGUUGAAAAUGUGGCAUAUUGUCAGAGAAAAUAAAUGCUUUUCAUCAUAUGUGUAUAAAGCCAGAUCUAGAGUUCCUCAAAGAUGGAAAUCAUCUGGAAAGGUAUUAGCUGUAAGACGGGAAGAUGCUUCUGUAUGGGAAAGAAGGGCACCUCUAGCUCCACAUCAUGUCAAGCAGUUAACCAAAGAGGGUGUCAAGGUUUUGGUUCAGCCUUCCAAUAGAAGAGCUUACCCUAUGCAGGCCUAUAUCAAUGCUGGAGCUAUUAUCCAAGAAGACAUCAGUGAAGCACCUGUUAUUAUUGGAGUUAAACAAGUUCCUAUUGACAGUUUGUUGCCAAAUAAGACAUACUGUUUUUUCUCGCAUACUAUCAAAGCUCAGGAAGCUAAUAUGCCUAUGUUAGAUUGUAUUCUUGAAAGGAAUAUUCGCUUAAUUGAUUAUGAAAAACUUGUAGACAGCAAAGGACAAAGGGUUGUUGCUUUUGGAAAGUUUGCUGGUGUUGCUGGUAUCAUUAACAUUUUGCAUGGUUUGGGACUCCGACUUCUAGCAUUGGGACAUCACACUCCAUUUAUGCAUGUAGGUCCAGCACAUAAUUAUCGAAACAGUGGCAUGGCCAGGCAAACAGUGCGAGAUGCUGGAUAUGAAAUAGCACUAGGCAUGAUGCCUCGGUCAAUAGGACCUCUCACAUUUGUUUUCACAGGAUCAGGAAAUGUAUCUCAGGGUGCUCAAGAAGUGUUCCAAGAAUUACCUUAUGAAUAUGUCAGUCCCACAGACCUUCCUCAAGUUGCAGAGCAUGGAUCCAUGAACAAAGUGUAUGGUGCUGUAGUGAGUAGAGAUGAUCACUUCAGAAGAAAGGAAGGUGGUGGUUUUGAUGCUGAAGAGUAUGAAGCUUUUCCUGAGAGAUAUUACUCCAAUUUUGCAAAAACGAUAGCCCCUUAUGCAUCUGUCAUAAUCAAUGGCAUCUAUUGGGCUGUAAAUUCUCCUAAAUUAUUGACCAUUCCUGAUGCUAAGCACUUACUUCGACCUAGUUAUACUCCUUGGUUGCCAUCUAGUGCUGGAUCCCCCUCUUUGCCACACCGACUCUUAGCAAUCUGUGAUAUCAGUGCUGAUCCUGGGGGCUCCAUUGAAUUCAUGAGUGAAUGUACAACAAUUGACACACCUUUCUGUCUUUAUGAUGCUGACCAACAUAAAAAUAGUGAAAGCUUCUCAGGUCCAGGUGUUCUUGUAUGUUCAAUUGAUAAUAUGCCCACACAACUUCCUUUGGAAGCUACUGAUUAUUUUGGAUAUUUACUCUACCCUUAUAUGGAUAGCAUUCUUUCGUCUGAUGCCACAAAACCACUGGAAAAUCUUAACUUCGGACAAACAGUUGAAGGAGCAAUAAUAGCUAGUAAUGGAAAACUUACUCCAAACUUUGAAUAUAUUCAAGAACUUAGAAAUACUUCCACAUCACAGAUGAAAGCACGCUCUAUGGCUCAGAACGCUUCUAAAAAAGUUCUUGUUCUUGGAGCUGGCUACGUGGCUGAACCUUUGAUAGAUUAUCUGACAAAGGAUCAAACAAUACAUGUCAUUAUAGGUUCAUCACUUCAAAAUCAAGGUGAAGCUUUGGUAAAAUCUGAUAAUGCAGAACAUGUGGUUUUGGAUGUGACAACUGGUAGAGGAUCUUUGGAUAAGCUAAUAGAAGAUUCCAAUCUUGUGAUUAGCCUUUUGCCUUAUUCACUCCAUCCUACAAUUGCAGAACGCUGCAUCAAACAUAAAGUAAACAUGGUCACUGCCAGCUAUUUGACUCCAGAGAUGAGGAAUCUUCAUGAAGCAGCCAUGGAUGCUGGAAUAACAGUUGUGAAUGAAGUUGGCUUGGAUCCUGGUAUUGAUCAUCUUUUAGCUAUGGAAUGUUUUGAUGAAAUCAAGCUCAAUGGUGGCAAGAUAACAUCAUUUGUUUCUUUUUGUGGUGGUCUGCCUGCUCCUGAAUAUUCAGAUAAUCCAUUGAGAUAUAAAUUCAGUUGGAACCCACGAGGUGUUCUUUUAAACACUCUGUCUGUUGCUAAAUAUUUAGAGGACGGAAAAAUUGUAGAAAUCCCUUCAGGUGGAGCUCUGAUGGACCAUGUUCGCAACAUAGACUUCCUGCCUGGUUUUAAUUUGGAAGGAUAUCCAAACAGAGAUUCUACUGUGUAUUCUACUUUAUAUAAUAUUCAAUCAGCUCACACUGUUUUGAGAGGAACUCUUCGAUACAAAGGCUUUGCUGAUGUGAUGAAAGCACUUCAUAAGCUUGGACUUCUGAGUGAUGCACCUCACCCCUGUUUGCAUUCCAAAGGACCAGAAAUUACUUGGAAACAAUUUUUAUGCACCUUACUUGGGCAACAGGAUCAAGAAAUGCUAACACCCAAUCUUAAGAAUCUUAUCUAUGAUGUUAUUGGCAAAUCAGAAUCUCAAGUUGCAGCCAUUGAAAGAUUAGGAAUUCUUGCUGAAGAAGCUGUCGUGAAAUGUUCUACUCCUCUAGACACUCUGACACAUUUCUUAGCUAAUAAAUUAGCUAUUCAGAAAGGUGAAAGGGAUGUCAUUAUUCUCAGACACAAUAUUGGAAUUCAGUGGCCAGAUAAUAAAAAUGAGAUGAGAAACAUUGAUUUUGUUGUUUAUGGUGAUAAAGAUGGCUAUAGUGCAAUGGCAAAGACUGUUGGUUAUCCAGCUGCUAUUGCUGCUAAAAUGGUAUUAGAAAAUGAAAUUCAGACUCGAGGAAUGGUUGUUCCGAUGGUACCUGAAAUUUACAAGCCUAUGUUGAUGAGAUUAAAACAAGAAGGGAUUUCCAGUUUGGAACAUACUUUUAAGCUUUGAUCUGAGUAUUCACAUGAAAAUGUUUUUUGACUUUCUUAAUGAAUUCUGUAUAUCAUUAUAAAGUAUUUUUUUUAAACUAUUGAAAAUACCAUCUUGAGAAUUUGCUUAUGCUGGUAAAUAUCUGUUUCAGAAUGGAGAUUGGCAAUUUCUAAGUUCUAACCAAUGGAGAAAACUUCUGUCUUUUUUUUUAUAUUAUUUUUUUUAAACCCAUAGCUGAAUUUUAGAAAUUUUUUUUCAAUUGGUUGGUCUUAUAUUAAGACUAUUAUUAGUAAUGCAUUUAAAAAUUGACAUUUUUAUAUGGAAUUUAUAUUUUGUGCUUUGAAUAGCAUUUUCAGAUGAGAAUUUAUACAGCAUUUUUUUAAAACUCAUUUUUGUUUAUGUGAACUCGAUGUCCACGUUUUCGAGUGCUUAAAAAAUAUUUUUUAUAAAAGUAUUUUUUUUUUUAAUCCCAUGUGUAAGUGCCAUGAUAACUGAAGUUCCUAAAUCUAAUGAUCAUUAUCUUUUGUCUUGCACAUUGACAUAAAUAAAUUUGCUUUUAUAAAUUUACUAUUUAUUUUUGUAAACAUUUAGGGGUAUGCACUAAGUAAAAUCUUCUUGUCAAAUAUUAAAUAAAAAAAUUGUUCAUGUUCUUCUUGAAUUAAAUGACAAAUCAGAACUUAUUAAAUUAGGUGUGUGGGAAAAAAAUGAUUUUCAGAAUUUGAAUAAUUUAUACAAAUUAAGGUGCUGGUGUUUUUUUAAUUGAUUUUUUUAGAUGGCCCUGAAAAUUUUUGAGAUAAAAUAUUUUAAUCGACCUACAAAUAAAAUUAAUUUAAAAUAACUGAAAUCUUUUUAAAAAAAUUUCAUGCUUUUUGAUAUGUUUCCUGUUUAUAACUGAAGUAGAAUUAAGAGCUUACCACAAAUGUUUUCAUCAUGAUAUUUUGAUUGUUGCCAUUACAUAAAAUGUUGUUCUGAAUUAUUUUUCAAUAAAAAAGUUAUAUAUUUC